UCAAUGUUUGGUACACGUUCCGAAACCUAGCUUCUCGGUUUUUAUUCCCCUUUAAACGUUCCUCUGCAUUAAUGCCCAAGCGAAUGAACUAAUAUCAUAAUAUAUGACACAAUAUUUAUGUUUGCUGUCACGUUGUAAAGUUCGUUAAGUUGCCUUUUAACAGGUGGGAGUGUGCUCCGGCACGAUAUGCGGCGCUGUAGCAUCGCAACUGUUUGUUGUCUAUCAUAUGUUGCUAUAACUCCACAGAAGAAGACAAAUCAGCCGGCCGCUUCCAGUGACAGGCGGAACAUAUGUUAAACACCACGUAAACGGAUGUUUCCACCAUUUAACGUAAACGUAUGAUGCAGUAGAAAGAGAUCGGUCUAGGUAAUGUUGUCGGUGUAACAGGACAUGAGGAAGUUAAAAAAACACAAGUCGAGGGCAGAUGGCCGGGUGAAUGGACACGCUUCAAGACACGGAGAGCCGGAGUCGUGGAGGAGACAGAAGCUGUGUGAGAUCCAGCAGGCUCUGGACAGCGACCCGGUGGACAUCGAGACCCUGAGGACUGCUGCCGCCUCCGAGGGAGGUCUCCUAAACGAUGACAUCAGAAGGAAAGUGUGGCCCAAGCUGCUCAAUGUCAAUAUCUACACCCUGCCCCCCAAACCCGGCCGAGAGGUGAGGCAGAACCAUAAGGACUACAACCAGGUUGUGAUGGACGUGCGCCGCUCGCUCAGACGCUUCCCCAAAGGCAUGCGUGCUGAGGAGCGUGCGGUGCUCCAGGAGCAGCUGGUGGACAUCAUCCUGGACGUUCUCCUCAGGAACCCGCCGCUCCACUACUACCAGGGCUUCCACGACAUCGCCGUCACCUUCCUGCUGGUGGUCGGCGAGCGGAUGGCCAUACCCAUGGUGGAGACGCUGUCCAAUCACCACCUCCGGGACUUCAUGGAUCCCACCAUGGACAGCACCAAACACAUCCUCAACUAUCUGAUGCCUCUCCUGGAGCAGGUGAACCCAGAGCUGCACACCUUCAUGACCCGGGCUGAAGUGGGCACCAUCUUCGCUCUGAGCUGGCUGAUCACAUGGUACGGCCACGUCCUAUCAGAGUUCAGACACGUGCUGCGUCUCUACGACUUCUUCCUGGCCUCGCACCCUCUCAUGGCCAUCUACUUUGCUGCCACGAUAGUGCUCCAUCGUCAGGAGGAGGUGCUGGAGUCAGAGUGUGACAUGGCGAUGGUGCACCAUCUCCUGUCCCAGAUCCCUCAGGACCUGCCCUACCAGCUCCUGAUUGGACGAGCUCAGAGCCUGUUCAACCAAUACCCUCCCGCCUUACUGGCCCAGCGCGCUGCGCUGCAGUCUCGCAACAGCAUCACCAUCGGAUCCUACCAGGCGUUCCAGAGGAGCCGGCACCUCCAGAGACCAGACCGGGUACUGCGGGGGAGGGGGGGAGGGGGGCUGCAGGGGGCCCGGGGGCCCGAGGCGGGGGGCAGCCAGCUGGUGGUGAGGAUGGCAGUGUGGGGCAUCUCGGCCACCCUGGGGGCGGCAGCCUUGGCUGUGGCCCACACCGCCCUGAACUGGUCACCUGACUUCCUCAUGCAGCUGUUCUGAUGAAGCCUCCCGUCCUCUCCUCGUCCUCACCUCUCUUCCUCUCCUCCUCUCCUCCUGGGAGGUAAAGCCUUCCUCAUCGUGCUGCUGUGAUGAUGAUGGAGCUGGAGCCAGCCUCGCCCCUCUGAUAGAGAGAAGGAAGUACGGAGGGAGGGGGUAGAGAGACAAUGAAGACUAGGAAGUGUGGUUUUUGGGGCAUGAUGAUGUCCUAUGGGCCAUUGGCAUGGUAAGGACCUACUGGCUGUGGUCAGGCGAAGGACCACAUGCCAGGUUCUGAUUGGACAGGCCUCGCUGCUGUGAUCCCACUGCCCAAUCAGACAGCCUUCAUAAGGCCUGCAGCUGUAGUCACUGUUCACUGACACUUCUGGUAGGUCACAAAGGUCCUCCAUUGACAACGGAACCAACAGAAGGUUCUGGAACAUUGGGACGAUGUUCUAGACCAACACCUGUUCUCUACACAACCAUAUUGGUGUGGAGGGGAUUGUUGGGAAAAAAAAAUGUGGUGAAAAAAAAUUAAGGUCAAUAGGGGUGAAGGAGUACAGAUUGUUUUGUAGUUUACCCGGACAACGUUCAUUUUGCAGCUUUUAUGUCGAGAAAGAUGUGUGUCUCAGGGCGUCAUAACCAGCCAGGCAGCAAGUUAAGCAUAAAAGAAUAAUCUAUAUUUCAGUCUCAAACGUCAUGUUGUAGGGUGUGGGAAGGCUAACGUGAAGCUGUCUGGACACCGUGCUCAGUAAAACGAGACCCGCAGCUCGCUAGCUCACGUCUCCUCUUACGGCGUCAAAGCUUCAGGAUCCCAAUAAGUCUGGAACACGUCGUCAAAAGAACACGUCGAGGCCCUUUUGUACUGCAAAGUCCUGUGUCUCAUACCCUGCUCUAGGGAUGGGAAGAUUCACCGAUUUGCAUCGGUGCACGGGCAGGGAAGUUGACAAUGCGAUUGCCCCAAAUUUUGUGUGCACCAAAUACAAUUUGGUCUUAGGUGUAGGUGCCUCAUUUCUAAUCUUAUUUAUUUAUAUUCAAUUAGUAGUGGAGGCCCUGUGCCUUUUAUUUAAAAAGGUGAUCAGGACGAUAAAUAUGCUUUGCCACUCUAACGUGCACAGGCAGCACGACUAACCCAAGGACUCUCCACUGGUUAUUUCUCUUCAUCUAGAAACGGCACCACAGCUUUCUGCUCACUGCUGAGGCAGCCUAACUGCUGAAAGUCAAACGCGUCUGUCUGCUGUCUGUAGCUCGGACACAAAGUACCACGCUUCUGAAGUUAACCCUGAACAUUUAACUGUGUGAGGUGUAACUAGAGAUCUAGCUUUAAAGAAGGACUGGAUAAGACGAGGGAUUGAUUUGGGGGGGUUUGAUUUGAGAUUUUAGACCUUUUUUUCACUAUGGACAAAGGACUUUUUGCUGUAAGAAAUACAAUCAAACCAUCAUUCUGUACCAUAUUGAAUUGCGUGGCAUUUUAUUGUUUUGCUUUUGCAUAUUGAGUUAAGUCGCAUUGUGUUGAAAUCAUGUUGUGUCAAACGGCACUGCAUUGUAAUAGGAGGGAAAUGAUAUCGCAUCAAGAAGUUGCUUCAUAUUUACAUUUAAUGUAUCGCAUCGUUGGCAAUGUAUGGAGAUGGUUAUCAUAUGGGCCUUAGUGAUUGGAGCUGCACAUCCCAUCUCUGCCCCGCCGUGUCGUCACUAACUAGGGUGCUGCUCCACCCUAGACUGUUAUCACUAACCAGGGUGCUGCUCCACCCUACACUGUUAUCACUAACCAGGGUGCUGCUCCACCCUAGACUGUUAUCACUAACCAGGGUGCUGCUCCACCCUAGACUGUUAUCACUAACCAGGGUGCUGCUCCACCCUACACUGUUAUCACUAACCAGGGUGCUGCUCCACCCUAGACUGUUAUCACUAACCAGGGUGCUGCUCCACCCUACACUGUUAUCACUAACUAGGGUGCUGCUCCACCCUAGACUGUUAUCACUAACCAGGGUGCUGCUCCACCCUAGUCUGUUAUCACUAACCAGGGUGCUGCUCCACCCUACAGUGUUAUCCCCUUCCGGCACCAGCCAUAUCUCACCUGUCUCCUUGUACCAUGUACAUGUACAUCUGAAACUGUGUCAUUCAUUUAGUCCGAACUGAAUCACUUUACACUUCAUGCUUCAUUCACUACAUUUCGGUGAUUUGGGAAUUUCAUUUGCCAAAGCGAAAUGUUAUGGAAUACAGACGUAUGUUCUGACAGGAUUCUGUUGUACUUCUUUGAGAAUAAAGAGGAUAUGUGU